AUGGUGAACGAUCUAUCGUCGCUCGAGAAGGGCUCUUCCCGUUUCCCGUUUUCUAUCAGAAACACCACCAGCGAGUCCACACCCACAGAGGCUAGCUUGGCCGCGAAACCAGAAGAGUUCCCCACACGCCCUUCUCUCACUCACCGACCCACCGAUGUAGGAUCCGCUAUCGGACACCAGGAGCCCGUUGAUGAUGCUACAUCUCUUGCGAGCAUUGGUCGGCCUCCUAGCAUCGUUGAGAAGCUUCCUCCCGCAAAAGUCUAUCAUCCUUUAUCGCCAGCCGUGCUAGCGCUCCUAAUGCCCGCUUCCGUCUUUGGCGCGCUUGCACGACUCGGUCUUCAGGCCCUCGUUACCUAUGAUGGACAGAGCAUAUUUUCGCUCGCUUAUAUCCAGGCCAUUGGGUGUCUCAUCAUGGGCAUCGGUUUAAGCGUAAAAGAGCCGUUAGGAAACUUCUAUGGCCCCCUAUACACCGCUUUGACCACAGGUUUCUGCGGGUCAUUCACAACAUUUUCCGGCUGGCAACUCGAUGUCUUUAAUUCUUGGAUUAAUGAAAAGCAUGACCACCGCGACUGGCUACGAGACGUGACUGACGGUUCAACCAAACUGUUCUUCACGCUUUCAAUAUCCCUCGCCUCCUUAAAUUUCGGCAUCCAUCUGGCCUCUCUUAUUGCACCCCGUAUCCCAUCCGUUCGCCCCCCGUCACGAACUAUCCGCUAUGGCGUGACAGCCCUCUCGGUUCUGAUAUACUUCGCCACAUACCCCGCCUACUUCCAGUUGCCUGAUUCUUUUCGACACAAGGCGACCGCCGCCUUACUCUUCUCGUUUCCAGGAACAUUGACGAGAUAUUUCCUAUCGAUCAGUCUAAACCCUCGAUUCAAGUUACUACCUAUGGGGACCUUGGCAGCUAACGCUUUCGGCACAGGGCUUCUCGCCAUGUUUCAUGUAUUACAGGGUCUUCCCGAUCCCGUUUCACCAAACGCGUGCGCUGUGCUUCAGGGCUUGGCGGACGGGUAUUGCGGCUGUCUCACGACGGUGAGCACGUUUGCAGCAGAGGUGUAUGCGUUGAAGAAGCGAAAGGCAUGGACAUAUGUUGCCGUGAGCUUGAUAACUGGACAGUUGCUCAUGCUGGUGAUCAUGGGCCCUUCCUUCUGGGCAGGAAAUGUCAGUGAACAAGGUAGUUGCCAGUUCGCGUAG